AUGGUGCGCUCGAUCGUGCUCGCCGCGCUCGCGGCGCGCGCGGCCGCCAUGAGUUGGAGUUUGCCGGCGGCGCUCGUGGACGACGACGCCCACGCCGUCUUCGGCGACGGCCUCACGAUCCACGUGCACCUCGAGGCCGACGAGCGCGCCGCGUUGAUCUACGUCGACGGCGCGCUCGCGCUCGAGCUGCCGGACAAGCGCUGGGCGCUGCUCUCGGAGCCGCCCUGCGAGGAGGGCACGGCGCCGCGGUGGACGUCGGGCGUGCUCCCCGUCGCGGUCCACGCGCUGCGCUGCGACGGCGGCGGCGUCUUCGGCGGCGCCGCGACCGUGGCCGUCGUCGUCGACGACGAGGACUGCGACGAGGACGUCACGGUCGUCGACGCGUUCACCUACUGGGACGAGCGCGACCACGUCGCGACGCGGCGGAGGGAACUGGCGGGUUUGGCGGACGUCCACGUCGCCGUCGAGGGCGACCGGUCCUUCCGCGGGGCCCCCAAGGCUUCCCCGCCCCUGGAGAGCUUCGGCAACGUCGUCGUCCACGCGACGGCGCUGAAGCCGCCGGCGCCGGGCGAGGACGAGCCCGACUACUUCGACCGCGAGGCCGCGCAGCGCGACGGCAUCGCCGACGCCCUCGAGGCGCUGGGCGACGCCCUGGGCCUCGACGGCGACGACCUCGUCCUCGUCGGCGACGUCGACGAGGUGCCGUCCGCGCGCGCCGUCGCGGCGCUGCGGCGCGUUGCGGCGUGCGACAAGCGGCGCGCGCGGCGCGGCGAACCGCGGCUCCUCGGCACGCCGGCGACGCUGGCCAUGACGCACCACCAGUACGCCGUCGACUGGGCCAUGCCCCAGGCCUGGAGCCCCUUCUACGCGUGCCGCGUCCGCGACCUCGUCGGCGAGGCCGCGCGGUUCUCGCCGAACGAGGGCCGCUUCGUGUCGCUCCAGUCCGCGGAGGACUUCGAGUCCGUCGGGUCGGCGUCCUGGCUCUUCGCCGGCGCGGACAAGAGCCGCUUCCGCAACCAGAGCGUCCAGACCGAGUUCCGGAGCCUACUCCGCGACGGCGGCUGGCACCUGUCGUACUUCCCGCGCGACGCCGGCGGCGCGCCGGACGAGGCCGCGCGGCUCGACGGCGUGCUCGCGGGCCUCCGCGCCAAGCUGACGACGUUCAGCCACAGCCACUGGGGCGACGCCAUCCUCGGCGGCGGCGCCUGCGCGUCGGACGCGCAGCUCCGCGAGGACGCGACGCUCGGGAGGACGCUCCACGAGGUCGAGUUCCGCUGCCGGGACCGGGCCAGGACGAAGGGCAACGUCGGCGUGGGCUGGGCGUCCCUGGACCGCUGGCACCUCGCCUACGCCGGGACGAGCCGCGUGCCCGCGGGGCUCGGGCCCUUCCACCGCGCGGACCCGCCGAAACGCGCGCACCGGGGCAGGAAAAGGGUGAUUCAACGCGCGCACGUCGAGAUCCAUCUGGACGGCUUCGUCCAGGCCUACUGGCUCGAGGCGGCGGCGUUCCACGACGAGGCGUCGGGCCGCUUCGACGACUUCGCCUACCGGGAGGCGGCGCGGCGCGCGGCGCUCGGCGACCUGACCUUCGACUGCGCGACGCGGAUGCGGAAGCGGUUCGCCGACUCGGCGCGGCGGCUCUUCGGCGGCGGGUUCUCCCGGUCCUGCGGGCCCGUCGCCGACGACGCCGCGCUGGCGUCCGCGGCCGCGGCGGCCGUCGCGGCCGCGGCGGCGUCGCCCGCGGCGGCCGCCGCGGACGCCGUCGAGGCCUGGGCGCGGCGCCGCUGCGCGGGGCGCGGCGGCUGCUGCGAGGCGACGGCCCUGGCCCACGCGGGCGCCGCGGCCCUCGACGCCGCCGCCGCGGCGGGCGCGCGCGCGCGGCGGCUCGAGGAGCCGAGCGAGCUGCGGAACGUCGUCUCGGGCGCCGUCGAGCGCUUCGCGCCCGCGCCGGCGUCGCCCGUGCUCCCGCAGGCCGUCGCGGCCUGCCGGCGCUUCCUCGGCGGCGACGUCGAGGACUGCGGCGCGCGCCUCGCCGAGGACGCGCUGGCCCGCUUCGCGGCGCAGGGCCGCGGCGACCGGGGCCCCGCGCGGCUCUUCGCGGCGCUCGCGACGCGGCCGCGGACCGCCGGCGGCGGCGCCACCGCGCUCGGCGCGGCCGCGGCGGCGCUCGCGGCCGCGCGGCGCCCGGCGCCGGCGCCCGGCGCGCGCGUGGCCCUCGCGGCGCUCGCGUUCGCCGACCGCCACGACGUCGUGCUCAAGGCCGCGUACGCGGCCGCGGUCCGCGACGCGCUCGUCGGCGGCGGACCGGACCGCGACGCCGCGCGGCCCCUCGUCGCCGUGCUCCGCGGCGCCUACGUGCGGUCCCUCGAGGCCUGGAACGGCUGCCGCCUGUGCUGCCGCGAGUCGUGCACGCUCGACUCGAGCCUCGACACGUGCGUCGUCAAGGACGGCUGCGACACCUUCGCGGCGGACUUCGAGGCGCUGGUCGUCGCCGUCGUCGGCGGCGCGGCCGUCCCGCCCGUGAAACUCCACUGGGACCCCGGCGCGGCGGGCUCCCGCCUCGCCGUCGUCCGCGACGGCGCGCACCGCGUCGCCGCGCGCCUCGCGGACCGCGCGGGCGACGUCGCCGCGGCGCUGGGCCCGCCCCUCGCCGACGGCGCGCUGGCCUGGUGGCGGGCGCAGACGUGGGACGCGGCCUUUUUUCGCGACGCGGCGCGCGGAGGCGCGGCGCGCGCGGACGCGGACGCCGCGCUGGCGAUCCUCCGCUGGGUCGACGGCGGCGGCUUCUCCGCGGGGCACGUGACCGUCGCCGUGCUCUGGCCCGCGGCCUACGCCCUGCCGGGCGCCCUGGGCGCCUGGCGCGCGUGCGUCGCCGCCGCGGGCGGCGAGGAGCUCCUGGGCCGCGACGUCGCGUGGACGGCGCAGGGCGCGCGCGUGCUCGCGGAGCACUGCUACGGCGACGCGCCCUGGCUCGACUACAAGGUCGCGUCCUGCUUCCCCGGGCCGUCGCGCGUCGCGCGCGUCUCCGCGUCGCGGUUCCCCGCGCGCGCGUGGGCCGACGAGGCCAAGGCCGCGUUCCGGACCUGGUACGAGGCGCGGCCGGCCUUCGCGGGCGACGCCAAGGCCGCGGCGCACUCGGCGGACCUCGCGAACCUCGGGGCUCCCGCCGUCGCCCGGGACCUCGCGGCGCGCCUCGCCGCGAGCCUCCGCGGCGCGGCGGAGGGCGCGGCGCCGCCGCCCGUCGGCGCCGCCGACGCCGGCGGCGCGGCGCGCGCGCUCGGCCGCGUCGUCGUCGACUCGGGCGCGGCGCUCGCGGCCUGGGGCCUCCGGCCGCCGCCGGCGCCGGCCGCGGAGGUCGACGUCGUCGGCGACGGCGCCCUCGGCGCCGGCGAACCGACGGACGCCGGGGCCGGGCCCUUCGCCGCGCCGCGGAGCGCGCGCCUCGACGACCACGGGCCGGACUCGCCGUGGUUCGACCGCUACUUCGUCGCCGACGCCGCGACGCUCGUGCACGACCCCCUCGCGCACGCGCGCCUCUACGGGCUCAAGAUCGCGGCCGUGCCCGUGCUCACGUCCCAGUACGAGCGGCGGGCCGGGGCGGCGCUCCCGGGCUCCAAGGACUCCUGGAAGGCCGCGGCGGACCUCGACGCUCUGCGCGAAUUCGCGGAGCGGCACCCGGGCGGCUGGCCCGCCGGGCCCGCGGCCCUGGGGACCUACACGGACACGUGCGACGCGGUCCUCGCGCGGCCCUGGGCCGAGAUCACGACCGAGCGCCGGGAGCUGCCGGAGGACCAGGACGGCGCGCGAGACCUCUACUACAACGAGAUCGCCGGCCCGCUCCCGACCGAGAUCGGCCUGCUCACGGCGCUGACGUUCGUGAGCCUCGACUACAACGAGAUCGACACGAUCCCGACCGAGAUCGGCGAGCUCGCGGCGCUGGAGGGCCUGCGAGUUCCCCCCGCGUACCUCGACAGCAACAAGAUCAACGGCCCGAUCCCGACCGAGAUCGGCCAGCUCACGGCGCUGGAGGAGCUGUACCUCAACAAAAACAAGAUCACCGGCACGUUCCCGCUCGCCCUCUGCGACGUCGAGUACUGUUCCGCCAAGUCCGGCAACGACCUCGUCGCGCCGUGCGGCACGAAGGGCUGCUGCGAUCUCGAGAAGGGGGAAACCUGCUCCUCGUCCGGCGGCGGCGACGCGUGUUCGGGACUCGCCAAGAAGACCUGCAAGAAGACCGCGGGCUGCGCGUACAAGAAGAAAACGUGCAGCUCCUCGUGCUCCGAGCUGUCGAAGGGCAAGUGCAAGAAGACCGACGGCUGCGACUACAAGAAGAAGCAGUGCAGCGCCGCCUCGUCGUGCUCCGGACUGUCGAAGAAAGAGUGCAAGACGACCGACGGCUGCGACUACAAGAAGAAGCAGUGCAGCGCCGCCUCGUCGUGCUCCGGACUGUCGAAGAAAGAGUGCAAGACGACCGACGGCUGCAAGUACGAGAAAAAGAAGGACAAGUGCCUCGCCAAGUAGUGCGCCCUAGGGCCUGAGAAGAAGCUCGGCGAGGUCUCAAACACCGCCGCCCGCCGAGGCCCGCGUCGGGCCACCAGCCCGCCAACAGGCAAAUAGGAGAUUAUAUUAUACGAGUACCUCCGCCCG